AUGAGCAAAGAAAUUAUAACCACAAUCUCUCCUAUAACCGGCCAGCCAUUGCUGAUCCGAGAGGGAGUCUCAGCCGAAGAGUUCCCGUCGAUAGUCGAGAAAUCCAAUCAUGCCUUCUCGACUUUUCGUCAUACCCAUCCCCUGAAGAAGCGGCAGGAGAUCGUCAGGAAAGCUUUAGAGAUCCUAUCCAGCAAGAGCGAUCUCUUAGCUAAGGAAUUGACAGAGCAAAUGGGGAGACCUAUCGCUUACACUGGCUCGGAGGUGUCGACUGCAAAGAUGAGGGCAGAAUACCUCUUGAAGGUUUCCGAUGAGGCUUUGAAGGAUUCCCCCGGUGAAGAGCAGGAGGGGUUCAGAAGAUUCAUCCGAAAGGAGCCUUUGGGAGUGAUCUUGGUAAUCUUCGCUUGGAACUACCCGUACCUUAUUUUGAUAAACUCGCUUGUCCCAGCCAUCCUAGCUGGGAACACCCUACUCCUGAAACCGUCCCCACAAACACCCACAGUAGCGGAACACAUUGUCUCGAUAUUCAGCGCAGCAGGCCUCCCAGAGAACGUAUUACAGACAGUUCACUGUGGAAACCCUAAGGCGCUCGAGUAUUUUGUUUCUCAUCCGGAUAUCCGCUCAAUCGCCUUCACAGGAUCUGUGUUUGGGGGAAUUGCGGUCCAGAAGGCAGCUGCAUCAAGAGUCGUCCCCAUCGGACUCGAGCUCGGAGGGAAAGACCCAGCCUAUGUUCGUCCGGAUGUGAACCUGGCUUGGGUUGCGGAAAACAUCGUAGACGGUGCCGUAUUUAACUCCGGCCAGAGCUGCUGCUCAAUUGAGCGGGUCUAUGUCCAUGAGAGUGUCUAUGACGAUUUCUUAAAAGAGGUGGUCAAGGUCUUGGAAGGCUACAAGCUCGGGGAUCCGUUUGACAAGAGCACGCAGAUCGGUCCUGUUGUCUCGGUCAAAUCUGCAAAGACUAUUUCCGAACAUAUAAAAGACGCGGAGGCUAAAGGCGCCGUAAAUCUUACUCCGAAAUCAGUAUUUGCCGAAGGUGUCCGGCUGGGUGAGACAUUUGUUAGACCAGAGCUUUUGGCCGAGUGCAACCACAGUAUGCGGAUCAUGACCGAGGAGACAUUCGGGCCUACAAUUCCUGUCAUGAAGGUUUCCAAUGAUGAAGAGGCUGUAAAGCUGAUGAACGACUCGCAACUUGGCCUAACGGCUAGUAUCUGGACCAAGGACACUGAGACCGGAGAACGGUUGGUGGAACGGGUCGAAGCAGGAACAGUGUUUGUCAAUCGCUGUGAUUACCCUAGUCCGGAUCUUGCAUGGACCGGCUGGAAGGAUUCGGGAAGAGGUGUAACACUGAGCAAGUUUGGUUUCGAGGCAUUUGUGAGGCUGAAGAGCUUUCACUUGAAGAACUGCCCGGAAUUAGAUAAAUAAAUCCCCGGUAGAAAAAGCGCUCACCCUGGUAUGGGCGGCAGGGUGUUUAAGGUUUGACAUAAUUGUUGGCGGUCUAUCUUCUUUUUUCCCCCCAAUUCUCAAGUGCUAUUGAUACGCUUGCCUGCAGGAAAAAAGGGGUAUUCUGUUCUGUUACUACUCAUUUUUUUUCCUAUUUGAAAUAAGCGUUAUGCAAUGGAACCUCGGUGCGGAAAAAA